AUAGGAAAAAUGUGAUGAAAUAAUAUUAAUAAAUGUGAUUUCAAUUUAAAGAAUAUAUGACUAUUCGCUAGUAAGAUAUAAAUUAUGAUACAGUUAAAAAUUUAGAGUUGUGAUCGAAGUUGAAAAUUGCUCCUAUGUUGAAUUGUGUAUUACAUGAAUUUUUGUAUCGUUACAUACAUAUUCUGUUUUGUGUAAAAUAUGGAGACGUCUGAAUCUUCUGUGGAAGAUAUUGGUACGGAGAGUAAGGUAAAUGGAGAUGAAAGCAACGCUGAACCGGUGGAUGCAAAUGAAACUGUCAUGGACUCAAAUUCACAAGAUGCAAAUAACGAAAUAACUGAUAAUUAUCAAAAAGUUGGCAUUAAACGGAAAGCAGAUGAAAAUAUUAUAGAAAUAUCACAAAAAAUACCAAAAAUUGAUAAUUCUAGUAUAUCUGAUAAAUCCUCUAAGAAUGGAGACGAUGAAAAUGGUCAAGAAGACUCUGUAAAUAGUGAUGGUAUUGAUCUUGAUUCCUCAUCGAACUCCCAAACCGAGGAAAAAGAUAUUUCAAAAUCUGAAUCGAUUACGGAUGAAAAAGAUGAAAAACCAAAUGAUGAAACAUUAGAUACUGUUAAUAAAACUAGUGAAGAAUCGGUAGAAUCUAGAAGUGAAGAUGUCAUUACCAAAAGUGAAGAUAACAUUACAAAAAAUGAAGUACCUAAUAUGAUUAAGUCCGAAGAUAAGUUGGAAGAAUCUCCAAAACAAAAAUUACAAAAAAGUCCACAAACGCCUACUGAAGCUACUAGACAGAGUGUUCGAGCAAAUAGAAACAGCAAUCCAGCCGCGUUUUUAGUUAAAAAACCAAAACUGCCAACAGAUAUGUCAAAUCCAGCAUAUAAAGAACCGUUCAAAUAUGGUUGGAGACGAGAAUUGGUUUAUCGGGCAAAUUCCGAAAGUGGACCAAAACGAAAUGGUGAUAUUUAUUACUUUACACCCGAUGGUAAAAAAGUACGAUCCAUGCGAGAAGUAUUGGAAAAUUUAAAAAAUAAAGAAUUAUCAACUGAAAAUUUUACAUUUUAUAAAGAACCUCUUGGAAUGAAUAAUCCUGAAUUAGAAAUCAUUCGAGUGGCUAAAGUAAAAGGAGUUCCAACACCGACAACUGGGUUUACACCUAGUAAAAAAGUUUUAAAGGUUAAAGAAAAACAAAAAGUUAUUGAAAAACCUAUCAUUACGAAAUCUAAAACUCCUAAAUUUGGAAAUGCAUUAAAAGUAAAAUUUUCAGGGGCUAGAUUAAGUCAAGGCAAACGAUCGCUAUCGAAUAGUAGUAAAUCAGAUAAGAAAAAUAAAUCAGCAAAAACACAACUACAAAUGGGAACACUACCACCAGGUUGGCAAUCGCCUUCCAAGAAAAAUUCGGAAAAAUUACAAGGUGGCAGCACAUUGGAGAAAGUGAAGCUUACCGAACAGUGUUCAAUUCGAUGUAAGGGGGUCGAUCCUGUGGUACCGACAUUACAAUGCAGUCUUUGUCUCUGUUUGUAUCAUCCAGAGUGUGUUGGAUUAACACCUCUCAUCAUUGAUGUACAAGAACAUUAUGUUUGCAAGAAUUGCCAACCAGAAGAGGAAACAUUCAAGGAUGGAGAAGCAGCGGAAGCAGUAUCUUCUUUACCACCACUUACUCCUUUUAGUGCUAUUAAAACACAUGCACCAAUUUCAACGAUUCCUCCCCGACUUCAUAAAAUUAAUACUGAGACCUUGCGCGAUUCACCUAAGAAAAGUUCACGUUCUUCUAAAUUAUUAAAUCCACCUCGACAUUUAAAAUUAAACGAUACGUCUAAUCUUUCUGGAAAUUAUCGACCAGAGACUUCUAAAAGUAUUGUUGGAUCAGUAACAACCUGGUUACAACCUAGUUCACAAAUUCAAAUGAUUCAAUCGAAUAGUGAAUCAAUUGCUUCAUUAACUAAUAAUACUGAAUCGGCUCAAUCACAAGCAACAAUCGGAGGUCGUAAAUUCAUAAUCAUUCCAAAACAAAAUUUAUUAUCAAUACAUCCCAAUGAACAAACUAAUGUUGUACCCCCAUCCGAAAAUGCUCAAACACCCUCAACUAUAAAUAGUUUAGACACUGUACCAGUUCCAUCCGCAACAGAUAAAUUGUCUGAUACAGCCGCAUCCUUAGGGCCUCUUACAUACAAUUCCGAAGUAAUAACGAUUACAACUAAUAAUGCUCAUUCUCAUCAGGCAUCACAGCCUGUAUUACCUCUUGAACAUUCUCUGCCAGAGUCACCCAGUCCAGUUGACAUCCAUUCAAGAACAUUAUGGCAGAAAGAUGGUGGGCCUCAAUUAAAACAAUUGAAUACAUCAGUUCCAGAGAAAGUAUCAGCGAGAAGUAAACGCAACAGUCAACGAAUGUCAUCUUCAUCAACUCAAUCAUCAACGGAUAGAAGUGAAAAAACUAAAGUAGAAACGUUAGAGAAAGAACAGUACAUGCAAAAUUUCUUAUCUCAUGUAUCUGUUGGAUACUCAGUACUAUUUCAAGUAUUUCAAUAUUUAAAAGUGCAAGAACUUUUACGAGCAAGCCGAGUGUGUCGAAUGUGGCGUGAUAUAGCUAGCAAUUCAGCCUUAUGGCGUAUUGUUCGCAUGAAAAAUUCUCAAGUUCGAGAUUGGGAAGGAUUGGUAACAUCUCUAAAACGAUAUGGGACUGUGUCACUUGAUUUACGAAAAAUGUUGAUUCCUGGUAAUGGAGAUGAAAUGUGGAGUACCUUUUCAAAUGAAAUAGGAAAUGCUGAUUCACUUCGAAAAAUUGAUUUAUGUAAAUGUCCAGCAAUUGUUGUAGAACAAUUAGCAAAUUCGAAUAGUAAUUUAGAAAUUAUUAAUGCCGUUGCGAUUCGUUGUACGACAAUUGAUUUGUCUAUGUAUACAAAAUUACAAAACUUACGAGAAUUACGACUGAAAUCACAAACUGGUAUUAAUUUAAAAGAUGAUUUCUCAUUUUUAGAACAUUUGAAACAAUUACGGCAUUUAUCGUUAUUAUCAUUUAAAGAUUUGGGUAAAAAAAAUAUUGAAAAAAUUGCAAAUCUAAUUGAUUUAGAAUCGUUAGAGUUGGGCGAAUGUGAUGGUUUGUCUGAAAAUUUUGGUACAGAUGUGUUAUCUAAAUUUGAAAACAUUGAAAAAUUACGAUUAGAAAAAGGUCCAUCUGGUUCCAGUACUUACAAUAUUCUAGAAUCAAUUAGUAAGCUUUCGAAAUUACAGCAAAUUGAAUUAGUUAAUUUUGAUGUUAAACCUGGUUUCGAUGAAGCGCUUGCACUAUGCACCAACAUUAAACGACUACUUUUAAUACCUACUUACAUCACACAAUCUGCGACAACAAACAAUAUGGUUCUAAAUGGAAUAUUUCAAUUAUCGGGAAGCUUAACACACUUUAUUUGGGGAGUGACGCUAGAAUUAUUACGUGUUACUGAACUAUUCAUUGAUCAAUGUGACCAGACGCCAAAAAAGAAAACUCCACCAAAGAAGGAUAAAAAAGGUAGUGGGGAUAGUAUCCCAAUUUUAAAACCAGUGCCAUUUAUGGAAGAUUCCAAAAGUUCUAGUGAUACAAUACAAGACAAUACACAAGUUGAAAUUUUAUCUUUACAAGCUUUACAAAAACUUUUAACAAAUAAGUUACAAGAUACAAAAGUUAAAAUAUUAAAAAUACCAUUUCAUGCAACUUGGAGACAAAGUAUUACUGAUGUAAUCCAGUGAAUCGAUUAAAUAGUAAAUGUACAUAGUGUUUUUUUUAUGAUAUAGUUUAAUCAUCAGUUACUUUUUAUUUGAGUUGUCAAUAAAGAAUUUGAAAAAAAAAUUGAUCCCUGUGAGUACGUUUUCGUAUGUUGUAUGUAAAUAUUUU